CUUUGGUUGCUUCAAACUUCCUGUUCAUGUGGGUGGGGUCUCCCCACCCAGAUAGUGUUCGAUGUAAACUGCCAACCACAGACAAAAGCUGCAUCUUCCUGUCGCUGGACAUGGAUCUGUGCCUACUGUUCAUUCUAUUCAUGCUGAUGAAUAGAAAUGGAUUGUGUCAACAAGAGGAAGGUUGCUCAAAGACUGUUAUCAACUCCUGCAAUGACUGUAUCAGAUCUGGGCCCUCCUGUGUGUGGUGCAAACAGUUGAACUUCACCAAACAAGGUGAGCAGGAAGCAGCACGCUGUGACACCCAAGCUCAGUUAAUAGAGAGAGGCUGCAAGUUGGAUGAAAUCAUCUCCCCUGAGAAUAAUGUAAGCACAGUCAAGAAAGACCCUCUGUCUGAUUCAUCCAGCCAGCAGGAGCCUGUCCAGCUGAGUCCACAGAAGAUUAGUCUGAAUCUGCGACCCGGACUUCCAAUCAAAUUCAGUGUUUCUUUUAAAAGAGCUGAGGGAUAUCCAGUUGAUCUCUAUUACCUGAUGGACCUGUCGAACUCCAUGAAAGAUGACUUAGAAAAUGUCAAAGGCCUGGGACAAGCUCUUUUUACAACUCUAAAUGACAUCACCAAAGGAAAUGCUCAAAUAGGGUUUGGUGCCUUUGUUGAUAAGACAGUCCUUCCUUAUACUAACACCAACAAGAAGAAACUGCAGAAGCCAUGUAAUGUGAAAGAAGAGGAGUGUCAGCCUGCCUUUGGGUACAGACAUGUACUUGGUUUGACACCAAAUGCAAAUGAGUUCACAAACAAGGUGAAAGAGCAGUUGAUCUCUGGGAACUUGGACUCUCCUGAAGGGAGUCUCGAUGCCAUUAUGCAGGCUGCUGUAUGUGGGGACAAAAUCGGUUGGAGAAACAGCAGCACGCGACUGAUUGUACUGACCACUGAUGCUGGAUUCCACAUGGCCGGGGAUGGAAAAUUGGCUGGCAUAUUGGAACCCAAUGAUGAACACUGCCACAUGGGAGGCAACCUUUAUGUCAAAAGCAAUGAGAUGGACUAUCCGUCUGUGGGACAACUAGCUGCACAGCUGGAAAAAAACAAUAUUCAGCCAAUAUUUGCAGUGACACAAAAUGUGAAGACAGUGUUCGAGCAACUCUCUAAGAUGAUUCCAAAGUCAGAGGUGGGAGUUCUCACAAACAAUUCUGAUAAUGUUGUUGGAUUGAUUAAAAACGCCUACAAUAAAUUGUCCUCAAAAGUAACUCUGACCCAUGACAAUCUCCCUGACAAUGUAAGAGUUGUCUACACCCCCAAAUGUGGUGAUGGAGGAGGAGAGCAAAAGAGUGCAGGGGAGAGCCAAGGAGUGUGUGAGAAUGUGAAACCAGGAAAAGAGAUUCACUUUGAUGUCACUGUGACGGCGGACUCAUGUAUGAAGGACCAGUCUUUCAUUAUAAGACCACUGGGCAUCAAAGACACGUUGACCGUGACCUUAAAUACAAAAUGUGAGUGUCAAUGUGAAGACUCCUCUGGGUCGAGUAGCCACCCACACUGCAAUGGCAAGGGAAAAGUCACUUGUGGAAUUUGCAGCUGCAACAGCAGCUUUGUUGGUCAGUUCUGUGAGUGUUCCAUUGGCGAUAAAGAUGAACGCUCUCUGCGAGCAUCCUGUCAGAAGGACAACGGCACCGAGUGUGAGGGUCGAGGAGACUGUGUGUGCGGGAGAUGCCAAUGUCACAACAGUGAGAGUGGAAAAUCUUACCAUGGUGACUUCUGCGAGUGUGACGAUGACCACUGUGAGAAGUUCCUGAAUAAACUAUGUGGAGGAAACGGUAAAUGCAACUGUGGAAAAUGUAAAUGCAAUCCAGGCUACGAGGGCUCCGCCUGCCAGUGCAAGGUGUCCGAGGAGGGCUGUCAUACCCACAAUAAUACUGUAUGCUUCGGCAGAGGGAAGUGCAAGUGUAACCGCUGUGAGUGUAACGAGGGAUACCUGCGUCCACGAUGCCAAACAUGCCUCGGCUGCGCUGACCCUUGCCAGACCAAACUGACCUGCAUUGAGUGCCUUGGUUUUGACUCAGGCCCCUUAAAAAAAAACUGCAGUGUGGCUUGCAGCCCGAGCAUUUAUCAUGAGAUGGUAGACCAGUUCACCAUAUCAGACAAGUUGUGCCGUGUGAAGGACACGGAGAGCUGCUGGAUUAAAUUUAAACUGGACCAGUUGGUCGGGAAGGAUAACUACAAGGCUGAAAUUCUGAAACAGAGAGACUGUCCUGAACCACCCAGCGUCAUAGCUAUCAUCGGAGGCUCCAUUGCUUCUGUGGCUCUCAUCGGCAUCCUGGUGCUGAUGCUCGUCAAGUUACUUCUCUAUAUGAAGGACCUGAAAGAGUUUAAGAAAUUUGAAAAUGAAAAGAAGAAAGGCCGGUGGGCGGAUGCUGACAACCCACUAUUCAAAAAUGCCACCACCACUGUUGCCAACCCAACCUUCACUGGAGAGUAAGGGCUCCUACUGCACCACGGCGUGUUCGCGGUUCUGCCUGUAAGUCAGGAGAGGAUCUUUUGUAAAGCUCAUACUGUGAUUUUUGCUGUUUACACAUUCACUGGCUUUAAUUUUCUUUUGUUAUUCAGUCAAGUGAAAUUGUAUUUCUUAGUCCUAAUCAUACUUUUUUCAUUGCUCAUAAUAUUUAAACAUGACAUAUAUUGUGUGUAAGAAGUAGAGCUUAAUAUGUAUUCAGUAGGGGAGUUUAGAAUGGUGCAGCGUGUAAAGGAUGGGCAGAGUAUAAUUAUGUAGAACAUACAUACACUGUAUAUAUUAUAUAACCCUAUCAAAUGUAUUCUAACAAUAGAUGAGGAGCCUCCUCAUGCCUCUUGUACAUGACAUUGAAGUAAAGGCUUUUUGCUGACA